AACUAUGGAAACUAUAAAAUAGCAGAUAUGCAGAAAUAUAUCAUCAAUGGUCAAAUUGGUGAAGGAGCGCAAGGUUUGGUCUUGAAAGCACAUGAUGUAUCUAGAGAUCAAGAAGUAGCAUUAAAGAAAAUCUUGAUUAAAAGGACCGAAGACGGCCUACCCGCAUCCAUCAUACGCGAAGUGAAAAGUUUACAACAACUUGAACAUCCCUAUGUUGUUGUAUUAUUGGAUGCUUUCCCAAGUGGCUUGGACUUUAUAAUGGUGUUUGAAUAUAUGCCUACAGGUUUAUGGGAAGUAUUAAGAGAUGCUGACAUAUCCUUAACACUGAGGCAAAUUAAAACAUACAUGAAAAUGUUGUUGGAGGGUAUGACAUAUGUACAUGGAAAGCACAUAAUACACAGGGACUUGAAACCUGCAAAUCUAUUGAUCAGCGCCGAAGGUAUUUUGAAAAUUGCAGAUUUUGGCUUGAGCAGAUUGAUGUGGAAGGAUAGUACAAAACCAUAUUCGCAUCAGGUUGCCACAAGAUGGUAUCGGGCACCGGAAUUACUCUAUGGAGCGCGAUAUUAUACGUCUGCGAUUGAUAUGUGGUCGAUCGGUUGUAUAUUCGGCGAAAUGUUAAACAAUUCUCCGUUAUUUCCAGGUGAAACUGACAUCGAGCAGCUAGCUAUAGUUUUGAAGUAUUUAGGCUCUCCUACAUCCGAAUCAUGGCCUGGAUUGACUUCAUUACCAGACUAUAAUAAAAUCAGCUUUCCUUAUCACAAAGGUACGACAUGGGAGAAUAUUAUUCAAGAUGCACAACCGGAAGCUACCGAUCUAAUCAGGCAAAUUUUGAUUUAUAAUUCGUCAAAACGCCUGACAGCUGAGCAGGCAUUGUGUCACAUAUAUUUUUAUUCUAAACCUUAUCCAUCAAUGAAGAAUUUAAUAAAACCACCACAGGAUCAUCGUUUACGUGUAAAACCAAAAGAAAUCAACCCGAAUGUGCAAGCAAGCACACUUUUCGAAAAUCUUCUGACAAUCAUGUAACAAUUCUGUACACAUGCUGUAUAUUAAUGAUAUUUGCAGAUAUAUAUACGAUACAGGAAAGAUGUUCCAUAUAGAAACAAUUAAAAAUCCGUUAACAAUU